ACUUUCCGCCACCACCUGGGUACUCUCCUCUCCAACUCGUCCUCCUGCGCCCUACUGUUCUGCCGAAGAUCCAUCUGGACCCCGGAUUGACUCUUCUUUCGUUUGUGCUGAGCACUACCUUGCUUGCUUGCGUUGUUGCGAGAGUUGGUCUGGACGAUGUGACCCAAAUUGCCCUUGGCGGGUGGGUUGGCUUUGCUUGCUGCUCCGCGGAGCACGGACCAAUGGCGGUCGAUUUUCCAGAGGAAGUUGGUGCCCCAUGUGUGCGUGCGUGUAGGUGGCUUGCCGUGUUUCUUGGUCCCUUCGCAGGCACUCAAAGGGAGUCACCAACUUUCCUUCGCUGCUCUGCAUACAAGAGGUUGCCUCCAUCUCUUCUCUAGUAGUGACUUCCAAAGAUCUUCCUAAACUUCUUGAGAUUGGUUGUGCAGUAAACUAAGAUGGUGAAGAUCUGCUGCAUUGGAGCUGGCUAUGUUGGUGGCCCUACAAUGGCUGUCAUUGCCCUCAAGUGCCCAGCAAUUGAAGUUGUUGUUGUUGACAUAUCCAAGCCUCGCAUUGAAGCUUGGAACAGCGACCAGCUCCCAAUCUAUGAGCCUGGUCUUGAUGAUGUCGUGAAGCAGUGCAGGGGCAGGAACCUCUUCUUCAGCACUGAUGUUGAGAAGCAUGUUGCUGAGGCAGACAUCAUUUUUGUCUCGGUUAACACUCCCACCAAGACCCGUGGGCUUGGAGCAGGCAAGGCUGCCGAUCUCACCUACUGGGAGAGUGCUGCCCGUAUGAUUGCUGAUGUCUCCAAGUCAGACAAGAUCGUUGUUGAGAAGUCCACUGUCCCAGUAAAGACAGCAGAGGCUAUUGAAAAGAUUUUGACUCACAAUAGCAAGGGCAUCAACUACCAGAUUCUCUCAAACCCAGAGUUCCUUGCGGAGGGCACAGCGAUUGAGGACCUCUUCAAGCCUGACAGAGUUCUCAUCGGUGGCCGGGAGACUCCUGAGGGCAGGAAGGCCGUUCAGGCUCUUAAGGAUGUGUAUGCCCACUGGGUUCCUGAGGACAGGAUCCUCACCACCAACCUGUGGUCUGCCGAGCUCUCCAAGCUUGCUGCGAAUGCAUUCUUGGCCCAGAGGAUCUCCUCUGUGAAUGCCAUCUCGGCACUCUGUGAGGCCACUGGUGCCAAUGUAUCUGAGGUGGCUUACGCCGUUGGGAAGGACUCAAGGAUUGGCCCCAAGUUCUUGAACGCCAGUGUUGGCUUUGGUGGGUCCUGCUUCCAGAAGGACAUCCUGAACUUGGUCUACAUCUGUGAGUGCAAUGGCCUUCCCGAGGUGUCCAACUACUGGAAACAGGUCAUCAAGAUCAAUGACUACCAGAAGAGCCGGUUUGUGAACCGUGUUGUUUCCUCCAUGUUCAACACUGUUGCUGGCAAGAAGAUCGCCGUUCUUGGUUUUGCCUUCAAGAAGGAUACCGGUGACACGAGGGAGACCCCAGCCAUUGAUGUGUGCAAGGGCUUGCUGGGUGACAAGGCUCAGAUCAGCAUCUAUGACCCCCAAGUCACUGAGGAUCAGAUCCAGCGGGACCUCGCCAUGAACAAGUUCGAUUGGGACCAUCCGAUGCACCUGCAGCCUACAAGCCCCAGUGCUGUGAAGCAGGUGAGCGUGGUCUGGGAUGCAUACGAGGCCACCAAGGGCGCCCAUGGCCUCUGCAUCCUCACCGAGUGGGACGAGUUCAAGACCUUGGACUACCAGAAGAUCUUUGACAACAUGCAGAAGCCAGCUUUUGUCUUUGAUGGGCGCAACAUUGUUGACGGUGAGAAGCUCAGGGAGAUUGGCUUCAUCGUCUACUCAAUUGGCAAGCCACUUGAUGCUUGGCUGAAGGAUAUGCCUGCUGUUGCUUAAUUUCCCAGAUUUCCAUCGCAAGCGUGCCACUUGAACUGCAGGAAGUCUACCAAGAAGAGGAAUUGUUUGACCAUUCUUUAUAGUUUGCUUUUGCUGGAGGCACGGCAAUUCUCUCAGGCACAAAAUUGGAUGUUAGUAUCUCCGUUUAUGUUUGAAUGGUCGCAGCAGCCAUAGCCCGGUUGCCAGUUGUAUUCAUGUUCAUCGUUCUUUGUUUAUUCAUUUACCGUUUGGUUUCUGCUCCAUCACCAAAUAUAAGCUAGUUUUAAGUUACAUAGUAUUUUGCAAAGAUAUGGUCACUCCUAGUUAUGCCUUCUUAUGUUUAUACAUUUGUCUUUGUUCAGUCUAUGCAUGCUUCCUCUGUUCGAACACUAAUGGAUGUCAAUUAAUGGUGGGUGCAGUUCUAAUA